UGUCAAUGUCAAUGCUAAACAAAAUGUAUGAUCAUUGUCACAUUUGUUUUGUUGCGAUUGUUUUCAUAAAUUUUGUGAUUUUUGUUCACCUGGUGAUGGCUGAUAUAAAACUUCUUUUCCAAGAACAUUGCCUCGUGCCAGAUGUUUUGACCACUGCACCAGGAGAGAUUUUGGAAAUUGAGUACCCAAAUGGCACAAAAGUAGAAAUGAGUAAGGAACUUACUCCGACUCAAGUAAAAGAUAAACCAUCUGUUAAAUGGUCAGCGAAAAAUGAUGCUUAUUAUACCCUAGCAAUGGUAGAUCCAGAUGCUCCCAGCAGACAAAAACCUACUUUUAGAGAAUGGCAUCACUGGCUUGUCGGUAAUAUUUACGGUGGUGAUCUAAAAACAGGAGAAGUGCUUUCUGACUACAUAGGAUCUGGGCCACCGAAAGGAACUGGGAAUCAUCGAUAUGUAUUUUUAAUUUAUAAACAACCAGAUAAAUUGAAUUUUUCAGAAGUUCCAAAGUUACGUAGUAAUUCUGGAGACAAAAGAGGAAAGUUUUCGAUCAGUAAGUUUGCCCAAAAGUAUCAAUUAGGUGCUCCUAUUGCCGGCAAUUUCUAUGUGGCCAAAUAUGACGAUUACGUUCCAAAAUUAUAUGCUAAACUAAAAGGAUAGAUUGAUUUUCUGAUAGGUCGAACCUCAGAACAAUGACGAACAUUAAUGGAAGUGCAAGCAAGCUUUAUAAAAUUAAAACUAAAAUGGCGUCUUGUCUAUGGUAAAAAUCGAUAAUGAUUUCCGCCUCCGCGUGACAAAAUCAUUUUUCGGUCCGCCAUUAUCAUUCGCCAUUACUUUUCUGGAGUUAGCGUAAAUUGGUCGUUGCUUUGUCUGUGAGCUUCACGUGCAUAAUCAGUGACAGUAAUUUUGUGCGUCGCAUCGCAGUGAUUUAUU